AUGGCAAAUUGGACGGUGGAACAGGUUUUAGACUGGCUAAUAUUAAAUGAUUUUGAUAAACAUGUAAAACUAUUUAAAGACGAAAACAUAGAUGGUACUGCGUUAUUUGGAUUAAAUGACGAAGAAAUUGAACAACUAUUACUCACAACUCGAGAAGAUGGUACAAUGAGAAAACCAACAAUUGGUGCAAAAGCUCGAUUUCGAACAAAAUUACAAGAAUGGAAAUCAGAACAACAACAACAGCAGCUAGAGACGGAACGACUGCAGCAAAUACCACAACAGCCGCAACUAGAUCGAACGGAACAGUCAGAAAAAAUACAACAACAGUCACAGGAAUCAAAAGAAAAGUCAAAAAAAAGGAAAAAGAGCAUGUAA